AUGUUGCUGCAGAUUGCCAAGGAUACGAUCCAUAGCCAUGUGAAGUUGACGCGGAAGUUCAUGUUGAACAAGAACACCAACAGCGUACCAAAAGUGGGCAAGAUGAUGGAGGAGGCUGCGAACAACCCUGAUGAGGCCAAAGGUGAUACCUACAGGACAAUACAUGCCAGCAUAAAGGAAGACCACACAUCCACUAGCCUUGACGUUAGGCUUGAAGGAAACGCCCAAAGAAAAAGAAAAGUCGGGCGCGAGACACCCUUGGCGGCCGAGUACAGGUCGCAUCCAAGAACGCUUGCAACGGCCACGCAGCCAUAUGGGAUCGCGGCACGCGCGCAAACCAGCCGCCACUUUUGCAACUCCUGGGCCAGCUGCUUCGCGGAGAGGCCGUCCACUGUGCCAGCCAGGCUAAGCACCUAA